AUGCUCAACGAUUCCGCUCUGACGCUUCGAAAGCAAGUCAAUGCUUUCUGUAAAGAAUGGGAGGUGAAUAAGGAAUCAGCUCAACGACCUGCUCGUGAUUCAGGUCCAACCAAGGCCGGCACUGCAGCGCAAGCUAAUAUAAUAAAAGCAUCUGAUUUCACAUUCCUCAAUGUGCUUGGGAAAGGGUCCUUUGGAAAGGUACUGCUGGCCGAGCAUAGGGUUACCAAAGAACUCUUCGCCAUCAAAGUGCUGAAAAAGGAUGUCAUUCUACAGGACGACGAUGUGGAAUGCACUAUGACAGAAAGACGAGUUUUAGCAUUGCCCGAAAAGCCACCAUUCCUAGUUUCGCUUCACAGCUCCUUCCAAACGAUGGAUCGUCUUUAUUUUGUUAUGGAGUUCAUAAACGGGGGAGAUUUGAUGUACCAGAUACAGCAAGUUGGUAAAUUUAAGGAACCAGUGGCGGUG